AUGCGCAUCCCUUUUCUCCCCGUUUGGCUCUGGGUUGCAGCUCGGGCUCGCUCGACCGCUGGCAGGGACCAAGGAAACGACGAUGGCGAGUCAUCCGCGUCUUGCGGCUACGAGUCGUGCUUCACGGGAAAGCCCGGCCUGCUGAAUGCGCACAUCAUCUGCCACAGCCACAAUGACGUCGGUUGGACGGAGACAAUGGACGUCAUCUACGACGAAUACGUGCAGCGGAUCUACACGUCGGUGACGGACGCUCUGCUCAAGAGCCGGGACCGCAAGUACGUGUCCGCCGAGGUGGCCUUCUUCGACCGCUGGUGGCAGGACCAGUUGCCUCCGCGCAGGACCAGCGUCCGGCAACUGGUGCGACAAGGCCAGCUGGAGUUCGUGGGCGGCGGCUGGGUGCAGGGCGACGAGGCGUGUACGCACUAUUCGGCCCUAGUGGACCAGAUGAGCCUGGGCAUGGGUCUGCUGAACGCCAGCUUCGGCGAGUGCGGCAGGCCCCGGGUCGCCUGGCAGGUCGACCCGUACGGACACUCGCGCGAGACGGCCGCCCUCUUUGCACAGAUGGGCUUGGACGGAGUCUUCCUCGGCCGGAUUCACGUGAACGACAAGCAGUUUCGGCGUUCUCAGAAGUCCCUGGAAUUCGUGUGGAACGCCGACAGAAACCUGGGCAAGAACUCCGAGUUGUUCGCAUCGGUGCUUCCCAACGUGUACCAACCACCGAAAGGCUUCUGCUUCGAUAGAACCAGCUGUGCUCCAGGUGCAGAUGUCUUGUCUUACAAUUCUAGGACGAGAGCUCGGCAGUUCAUCGACGCCGUCAAAGAAUACGCGAAGGACUACGGUACGAAGAACGUGAUGGUGACAAUGGGCGGUGACCUGGCGUACACCAAGGCAGACUCCUGGUUCGACAACUUAGACCGCCUCAUCGCGGCAGUCAACAAAGAAGCCGCGACGACGGGCACGCCUGUGCAGGCGUUCUACUCGACUCCGUCGUGCUACCUGCGGGCCGUGAACAACGCCAGCGCCCCGUGGCCCGUCUACACCCAGGACUUCUUGCCGUACGCGGACAAGCAGCACUUCUACUGGACGGGGCUCUACUCCAGCCGGCCGUCCCUGAAGCGCUACGCCCGCUACGCCAACGGCUUCCUCCAGGCGUGCAAGCAAAUUGCGGUGACAUCCGGGAUUCGGGAAUCCAUCCUCAAGUUCAAACAGGCUGUUGCGACCAUGCAGCAUCACGACGCCGUCACCGGGACUUCUUCGGAAAAGGUGGCCAGGGACUACGCAAAGAUGAUCGGAGACAGCAUUUUUCUUUGUGAGAAGGUGAUCAGCGACGGCAUGGUCAGCUCCCUCUGGCGCAACCCGGAGAGCUUCGACGAGCCGCUCCAGUUCUGCCACAGACUCAACGAGACUGUCUGCUUCAUGACGGAGAACGUGGACAGGUUUGUGGUCGUGGCGUACAACCCCAUGAGUCACAAAACUACUCACAAUAUUCGGCUUCCGGUGCCUUUCGACGAUGGCUACAAGGUGCAAAGCUACGACAACAAGACAAUCGAAUCCCAGGUCGUUCCCAGGGUGAACACGGUGUUGGAGCUUCCAUCGAAGACAAGCACUGCCACCAAUGAACUGGUCUUCCAAGUGGAGAUCCCCCAGCUCGGAGCAUCCGCUUUUCACGUGUCGCGCACGCCAACCGGAAAAGAGAAGACAGAAGACUACAGCCUCUUCAAGAUGGAACUCGAAGAAGUUUCCAUCGAAAAUGAGAAAUACCGGCUGAUGGUCGACGCGACCACGGGUCUGCUGUCGGACGUGGUCAUCCUGGAGAGGGGCGAGACGGUGUCUUUGCGCCAGUCGUUCUUCUGCUACGAGGCCCAGCACUCGAGGAGCGCCAGGCAGGGCACCGGGGGACCGUCCGGCGCGUUCGUCUUCAAUCCCGCCUUCGACGAGCCGUACGACCUGGGCACGCACGCCACCUACAGGGUCGUCAAGGGCAGCGUGGUCCAAGAGAUCCACCAGGUGUUCGAGUCGUGGAUCACCCAAGUGAUUCGGCUGUACAAGGGACAAGACCUUAUCGAGUUUGAGUGGAUGGUUGGACCCAUUCCCAUCGAGAGCAGAAGGAGCGGAUUGGUAGGUCGCGAGAUUGUGUCUCGGUUCUCCACAAACCUUCAAAAUGACGGCGUCUUCUACACGGAUUCCAACGGACGGACCACGAUAGAAAGGAGGCGGCCCGCCUUGCCAAAAAUGGGUUCGGAGAACUGGAAACCGACUUCGUCUAGCUUCUUUCCCGUCGUGUCGUGGAUCUACAUCAAGGACCGGCUGCGGAACUUGCAGUUCACGGUUCUACCCGACACGCCCGAAGGCGGAACCAGCCUGCACGACGGACAAGUCGAGCUCAUGGUACACCGUCGCCUGGUGGAGGACGACGGCUGCGGCCUGCGUGAGCCCCUGAACGACACGUCGACAGUCAUCGGGCGACACCUGGUGCACCUCGGGCUGCCCGCGUGGACGAGCGUGCGCAACGGCGCCCUGCGGCUCGUCUACGCUCCCGUGCUCGCCUACGCCAAGGCCAAGGACCAGGCGCUCGGAGCCACGCUCGCGGUGGGGUCGUUUUCGGGACUGUACCGCGAGUUGCCUCGGAGUGUCCACCUGAUGACUCUAGAAGCACUGUCCAGCACUAGGGCACUGGUGCGCCUCGAGCACCUCUACUCCGGAGUGGACAGCAGAGAGGAGAACGACGUCCGAGUCUCCGUCACGAACCUGCUGAGCAACAACUUGCUCGAGGACGUGGCAGAAACCACGCUGUCUGCCCACAUGCUUUUGGAAGAGGUGAGCCGCCUCCAGUGGCGGCAGGCCCAGACCGCCUUUGUCACGGGCCGAGACGACCUGGACAACCACUCCACCUUCCGCAACCAGGACAACUACGUGGUGGUUCUGAGGAGCGGACAGAUGAGAACCUUCCUGGCCACCCUCGCGCCGAGAAUAUAAACCGGCAGUUGAAACGGAAAUCAUUAUGCCCACUGCCGAUUAAAUUGCGGCCCGUGAGAUGCAUCGAGAGUUGGAAGUUUCCGAGGAGGCGUCUGGGAAGGGGGCCAACAAGUGCGGCUAAGGUGCUCGCUCCUAAUCACCGCCACUGCCUGCAGGCAGGUCAAAUGCUCAUUGUUUGCCAUGUUUUUGUUUGCGCUCGAAGGUCAUCCAUUGGAUACAUAAGAACAUCUUUGUGAACACGCGACAAUACGAAGAUUGUUCAAAUCGCCAAGACGCUGAAGUUGCGC